AUGGAGAGGCUCACGCUGCACCACGAAGGGCUCACCGCCACUUCCUAUGACUCGGCCCUGGCGCCUGUGGGGGCACUAUACCGUCGGGUCGCCGCCCUCGCCAAGCCUUCCACCAGCGAAAGUGCCCCACAGCUUGUAAGUGGAGAUCUUUACAUUGCUGUGUAUGAUUUGAUCCGCGACGGGUUCCAGCCGCGCCUUCCGACUUCGCUGCCGCCCCCAGGGCAGCAGCAGCAGCCGUCGCCGCUACCACGCCGACAGCCCGUCCCGUUGAUGCCUCCCGCGCAGCUUCAUACGGGAGCGCCCCGGGUGGUCGCUCCAGCGCCUGCGGUCCCUCUUCAGUCGCCGCCGCCUUCGGAGCUGAUGGACGUCGACCCCUCAGCCGGGCCGCCUUCCCAAGCGGUGGCUGUGCAGCCUGUCCUGCAGCCGCUUUCCUUGGGCACCCCCAAGGAGUCUGACACCGCAGCGCCUUGUCCGGCGCCCACUCAGCAGCCGUCGACGCAGCGUCAGGAGACGCUGCCUCUCUUCGUGGGUCCCGACGCCCCGUCGCGUCCAGUACCAGAAGCUGCACCCGUGGUCACAGGCGUGCACCCUGACCUCGGUUUUCAGUCGGUGUUUCCCGAGGCCCCGCGCAGCCAAUGCUGGGGUGCGGACCGGAGACUGCCACCGACAACAGUCUCCGCCCCGGUCUCUUCUGCUACGCCUGCGGCCUGA